CGCGGACGUGUGUCGGUCGUCGCUGCCGUCGCUCGCUACGCCUACGCUCUCGUUUUCUGUUUGUCCGUCUUGUGAUUGCAAAAAUUAAAAAAAAAAACACAAGCAGCAAGCAUCAGCCCAAAGGCAAGAAAUUUAACAACAAAUUUUCUUUUUCACGCGUAUGUGUGUGCGUGUGUGUACAUAUAUUUUUACUAACCAAAGCGUGAAAAAAUAGUUUUAAUAAAAAAAAAACGCAAAUUUGCUAAAAAAUUUGUUUUCUUUUUUUUCGGUGUUGUUUUUGUUAUUGUUAUUAAUCGUGCACAGCUGCUGGAAAUAUACAUAGAAACAUAUAUAUGUCAUAGACGCCACCGACGCGCACCGCAGCCAUGCGCAUCAGAAGCAGCAGCGGCAACAACAUCAGCCAGAACAACAACAGCAACAGCAACAACAACAGCAACAGCAGCAACAAUCGAUGAUUGCCUAAGAGUAAGCUAUAAAGAUAGAACGAGCGAUUGCAGGAAGUGACAAGUUGAAGAAGUUGCGGCUGCGAAAAGCGAAGCGAGAACGAGUUACACACUAAGUUAAAGGUGAAGCUGAAGCUGAACCUAAAGCCCGCCGUAAUAUAACCAAAGACGCCAAAGACCAAUUUAAAACAAAUAAUAAUAAACACCGACCGACUCCAUAAUGCUGAUCAAGGAGUACCGCAUACCUCUGCCCCUCACCGUUGAGGAGUAUCGCAUUGCCCAACUGUACAUGAUAGCGAAAAAGAGCCGCGAGGAGAGUCAUGGCGAAGGCAGCGGCGUUGAGAUUAUUAUCAAUGAACCAUAUAAAGAUGGACCCGGCGGCAAUGGACAGUAUACGAAAAAAAUCUAUCAUGUCGGCAGUCAUUUACCCGGCUGGAUUAAAAGUCUGCUGCCCAAAAGCGCGCUAACCGUGGAGGAGGAAGCCUGGAAUGCUUAUCCGUAUACACGCACUCGUUAUACCUGCCCCUUUGUGGAGAAAUUUUCGCUGGACAUUGAGACGUAUUAUCAUCCCGACAAUGGCUAUCAGGACAAUGUGUUUCAGCUGUCGGGCAGUGAUCUACGCAAUCGCGUUGUAGAUGUGAUUGACAUUGUGAAGGAUCAGCUAUGGGGCGGAGAUUAUGUCAAGGAAGAGGAUCCCAAGCAUUUCGUAUCGGACAAGACGGGACGUGGUCCGCUCGGCGAUGAUUGGCUUGAGGAGUAUUGGCGCGAAGUGAAGGGCAAGAAGCAGCCAACGCCACGAAAUAUGUCGCUAAUGACCGCCUAUAAGAUAUGCCGCGUCGAGUUUCGCUAUUGGGGCAUGCAAACCAAGCUGGAGAAGUUCAUACACGAUGUCGCGUUGCGCAAGACAAUGCUACGCGCCCAUCGUCAGGCCUGGGCGUGGCAGGACGAAUGGCAUGGCCUCACCAUCGAGGACAUACGCGAGCUUGAGUUGCAAACACAGUUGGCGUUGGCCAAGAAAAUGGGCAGUGGCGAGGAAUGUAGUGAUGAAAGCACCUCUGAGCCGUAUGUGAGCAGCGCCACAGUUGCCCCACAAUUGGGUGAGCGAAAGAAAUCUGCUCCGGCUGUGCCACCAAUUGUCACCCAGCAACCGCCCAGCGCAGAGGCCAGCUCCGAUGAGGAUGAUGACGACGAUGAUGAGGAGGAUGAAAACGAUGGAGUGGGCACUGGCGUUGAGCUUGGUGCCCAAAGCAGCAGCAAUCAACGGUCUCGUUCCCAAAGCAUUCAGUUGGCCAAUAAAGCAAAGUUUGGCUCAAAGGGCGCUCUCCACUCGCCGGUGGGUUCGGCGCACAGUUUUGAUCUGCAGCCCACAAAACCGCAUGCAAAGACAGCGCCACGCCGACAUGUGGCCAACUGGCGCAUGGAACGUCUUGAGGUUGACUCAAAGUCCAACUCAGAUGAAGAGUUCUUCGAUUGUCUGGACACAAAUGAGACAAAUUCCCUGGCUAAAUGGAGUUCACUGGAGCUGCUCGGCGAGGGCGACGACAGUCCGCCGCCGCAUGGUGGCAGCUCGAGCGGCAGCGGUGGAGGCGGCGGUGCCAGUGGACGGCAUAAGCAGGACGAUAGCAUAUUCAAUCAGGACUUUCUAAUGCGUGUCGCAUCGGAGCGCGGCAAUAAGCGACAGCUGCGCUCCUCGGCGAGCAUCGAUCGCAGUCACGACUCAUCGCCCCCAGGAUCGCCGAGCACACCCUCUUGCCCCACCACCAUACUGGUGAUGGUGGUGCAUGCCGGCAGCGUGCUGGACGCGGCCAGUGAAUUGACCGCCAAGAAAUCGGAUGUGACCACAUUCCGUGGCUCUUUCGAGGCCGUUAUGCGUCAGCAUUAUCCCAACCUGCUGACGCAUAUGACGAUCAAAAUGGUGCCGUGUCCAUCGAUAUGCACCGAUGCCCUUGGCAUCCUCUCCAGCCUCAGUCCGUACUCGUUUGAUGCCUCACCAUCGGCCGCCGAUAUACCCAACAUAGCGGAUGUGCCCAUCGGUGCCAUUCCGUUGCUCGCUGUGGCAUCGCCCGAAUUCCAGGAGACGGUCAACAAAACGGUGGCCGCUGCCAAUAUUGUGUAUCAUGAGUUCCUCAAAUCGGAGGAGGGUCACGGCUUCUCCGGCCAAAUUGUCAUGCUGGGCGAUUCGAUGGGUUCGCUGCUCGCCUACGAGGCGCUUUGUCGCGGCAAUGGCAGCGCCACCCAGCCGAAUACAUCGUCCAACCAAUCACAGACACCAGCGACGGGUGCGGGUGUCGAUGGCAGUUGCCGCAUGUCACGCAUGGACAAUGAUGAGCGAUUUAUUGAUUCCGAUUUGGAUGCCAAACGUUUGUUGGUCGCCCCAUCGCCGCGACGUCGUCGGUCCAGUUCGUCGAGUGAUUCGCGUGCCACGAAAUUGGAUUUCGAAGUCAGUGAUUUCUUUAUGUUUGGCUCACCGUUGUCCGUGGUGUUGGCCGCACGUAAAUUGCACGAUGCCAAGGCGGCGCUGGCACGUCCCAAUUGCCAUCAGGUGUACAAUCUGUUCCAUCCAACCGAUCCAAUUGCCUCGCGUCUCGAGCCGUUGCUCAGUGCUCGCUUCUCCAUAUUGUCGCCGGUGAAUGUGCCGCGCUAUGCCAAAUAUCCGUUGGGCAAUGGACAGCCCCUGCAUUUAUUGGAGGUCAUACAAUCGCAUCCGCAGCAUUUCAAUGAUGGCAAUAAUCUGUUGGCUGGCAGACGUUUAUCCGAUGCCUCCAUGCAGAGCACCAUCUCUGGUCUCAUCGAGAAUGUCUCGCUCAGCACGAUACACUCAUUGCAAAACAAAUGGUGGGGCACCAAGCGCUUGGAUUAUGCGCUCUACUGUCCGGAGGGUUUGAGCAACUUCCCUGCACACGCAUUGCCGCAUUUGUUCCAUGCCAGCUACUGGGAGAGUCCCGAUGUGAUUGCCUUUAUACUGCGACAAAUUGGCAAAUUCGAGGGCAUACCGUUUGUGGGCUCCAACGAUGACAAGGACAACGCCUCGUUUCAUCCGGGGCAACCGCGCGAAAAGUGGAUCAAGAAGCGCACGUCGGUUAAGCUGAAGAAUGUGGCAGCGAAUCAUCGGGCCAACGAUGUGAUUGUGCAGGAGGGACGUGAACAGCGUUUGAAUGCGCGCUUCAUGUACGGCCCGUUGGAUAUGAUAACGUUGCAUGGGGAGCGGGUGGAUGUGCAUAUUAUGAAGGAUCCGCCGGCGGGUGAAUGGACAUUCCUAACCACCGAAAUGACCGACAAGAAUGGACGCAUCUCGUACAGUAUACCCGAUCAAUUGUCACUUGGUUAUGGCAUCUAUCCGGUCAAGAUGGUGGUGCGUGGCGAUCACACCUCUGUCGAUUGUUAUAUGGCCGUGGUGCCGCCAAUGACGGAAUGUGUUGUAUUCAGCAUCGAUGGUUCCUUCACCGCAUCCAUGUCGGUGACCGGACGUGAUCCGAAAGUCCGUGCCGGUGCCGUCGACGUCUGUCGCCAUUGGCAAGAGUUGGGCUAUUUGCUCAUCUACAUCACGGGACGACCCGAUAUGCAGCAACAGCGUGUCGUCUCGUGGCUGAGUCAGCAUAACUUUCCACACGGUCUUAUCUCGUUUGCCGAUGGUUUAUCCACCGAUCCGUUGGGUCACAAGACCGCCUAUCUCAAUAAUCUCGUGCAAAAUCAUGGAAUCUCAAUUACCGCCGCCUAUGGCAGUAGCAAGGAUAUUAGUGUGUACACCAAUGUGGGCAUGCGACACGAACAAAUCUUUAUUGUUGGCAAGGUCAGCAAGAAAUUGCAAUCGAAUGCAACGGUGCUGACCGAGGGCUAUGCCGCUCAUUUGGCCGGUCUCCAGGCAGUUGGUGGCUCUCGGCCGGCAAAGGGCAAUGCACGCAUGGUCAUACCUCGAGGUUGCUUCAAUCUGCCCGGACAAUCCGCGAAUCCGAGACGCAGAAGUAGUGCCUUUGAGGUGCCUCUGCCCGUCACACCAAUCAACGGCAGCCUGGGACAACUGAACGAGUGCAAUGAGAUUGAGAUUAACCAUGAGGAUGCCUAGGAUUCCUACAACUGAAUGGCUGAAUCUUCCCCCGUCCGUAAUUCCCCCAACUCCACCAAAAAUAAAACAAAAACAAAAAAUCAGCAGACACAUCAACAUCUUUUUUUUUUUCUUGUUUGCCUAGUCGACCAAAUGAGUUACUGUUUUGUAGUACUUAUUUAAAUGUAUCCCAAAUUAUUGGUUUAUUGAUUUUAGAUCUUAAGUUUUGUGAACAAUUUCCUAAGUAAUAAUGCCGUAUUAUCGUAUUAUAUAUAUACACUAUACUAUAUAUUUGUAUGUAUCCUAAGUUAUAGUUACGAAAAUGUAAUUUUGUUAGUGCUUUUAUAGUUUGUAUUGCAAAUUCAUGUAUUAUUAUUUACGAUUGAUAUUAUUGAUAUUGUAAAAAUCCCAACGAACAACUAAAACAGGAAAAGAUCAAAUCUAGCCAAAAAGCAACAAACACACGUUAUACGACGAGUAUUAAACAUACAUACUAUAUACAUAUAUACGCAUAUACCCGAUGUAGUAAAUACAUAUAUGUAUAUAACUAUAUGUUAUAUACAUAUCGAUAUAAUAAAACGCUUUAACUAGUUGUACUAUAAAACUAGA